AUGACUUUGGUGGCAAGACCCAUUCCUCCUACGCCUCCCCAGUCCACAGACGGACAUCCCUUGCCCGAAGAGUCCUUCGAAGGCUCUGGCAUAUACCGACCUGUGUACAACACCAUAAAUAUGUCUGGCCAGGAAAACAACGGUGUCCAGACCCAGCCCCAGACUCAGCGGCAGCCUCAGUCACAGUCCCAGUACCAGUCCCAAGCAAUGCACUACGGUUCUCCCCCACUCCAUACCACCCCCAGUUUCCCUCAAAACAUGCCCCCUCAGUCGAUCAUGAUGUCUGGUACCCAGGUCACCACGCCUCCUCCGGUAUCUGAUGAAAGUCUCAUCCCAAUGGGGUCACCUACCAUGAUGACCCCUUCGCCACCUUGGACACGGGCCCCGCAUGCUCGCAACAAGACACCAGUCAAGGCAGCCAAGCAGCGACGCAACCGUAACCGGAGAGAACUCUCCGAUCCAGGUAUCAAGCUUGAUGGACCAAUCAGUCAGCUCACUGAAACUUUCCACACUACUCCGAUCAAAGACAUGGAUGCUUGGGUGUCUCGGUCUGCUCAUGAGCGACAAAACGAAGUCCGCAAGAAGAAUGGGAAGAUCUCUCGGCCCAUGAAUUCCUUCAUGCUUUACCGGUCUGCAUACGCAGAGCGCACCAAGAGGUUAGUGGGCGCGAAUAACCAUCAGAUCGUCUCAAAGAUCGCGGGCUUGGGCUGGAAGCUAGAGCCCGUUGAGAUUCGCCGAAAAUACGAAGACCUGGCAAAGCUAGAACGGGAUAACCAUGCCGCAACACAUCCAGACUACAAGUUCUCGCCCAACAAGCCCCCACCUGCCAAUCGACGCGAUUGUAGCUCUCCUACUAUCGUCGAUGAGGGAUUUUUCUCUGACAUGGACAGUGAUCUUGGAUCAAGUAUGGGUCGUGGGUCUUCCUAUAUCCACUCUCGAUCCCAGAGCUUUGAAGAGGCCUACUAUGACAGUAGCCGGGAUUCCUCGCCAUUUGGGCCUGACUCGAUGAUGACACCCGGAUCUGUUCACUCCUCCUGGCAAAACACAAGCCACCCAAAUGGCCUCCCAGCGAUGCAGCCCGACUCUCUCCAGGGUCACGAAUCCUAUGCUGGAGAUAUACACUACCGCCCGACCAGCCCAAACCAGCAGGGCAUUGGAUAUGGCUCUUCCCUCGCUGGACUCCCUGGUGCUGCUCACCACGAGUUGCUCCAGCCUCAGCUUACCCACCCAUCACACGGUUUUCCUAUGCAUGACAUGGAUCCCCGGCUUCUCAGCAAUAGCGCCGAGUCUUCUGGAGUUGCCACCAUGGCCGGCUCUUCCUAUGCUGCCACUCCUGGCUCAUAUUCGACCUGGGUUGACGAGACCCAGCCAGGCUUUUACGCUGCCUCAUCGGCACCGUCCAUGCCCCCCAGCACUGUUUCAUACGCUCAUCCUAGCAUGUCGUCUGCGUACCUCCCCAGCAUGCAGAGCCUCGAGGGCCGGGAUUCAACAUGGGAUAUGCCUCACCAUGAAAGCAUGGCUGACCCUACUAGCACUGAGUUCGAGUUGUGGUGCUCCACGGAUCCCAACUCCAACAACUACUAA